GGGCGUCCUUAGCAACGGGCGCGAGUUCACCCAGCCCCGCCCCGCGAGAGGCAGCGGAGGCAUCUGCGCCUGCGCGCGGCCACAACCGCCAGUCAGCUCGCUUCCCCGCCCCUCCGUGCCCCCUUCCUCCUCCUCCUCAGCCGCCGGGAGCCAGCCGCCAACAUGGAGCUUGAGGAUCUGCCUUGGCCGGGUGAGCUGGAGGAGGAGGAGGAAGAGGAGGAGGAGGAGGAGGAGGGGGAGGCGACGGAGGAGGAGGAGGAGGUGAUGGAGAAGGAGAAGAAAAAAGAGGAGAGGACAGCAGAGGCGGCGGCGGCGGAGGAGGAGCCCGCGGCCUGGGUCGAGAUCGUGACGGAGGAGGCGGUGGAAGAGGCGGGGCGGGAGGUGGACUCGGACUCUAACUACGAGGUCCAACCCCGGCCGAAUUCGGAGGAGGAGGACGAGGAGGCCAAGGCUUGGCUGCAGGCGCGCCCGGGAGUUCUGUCUCCUCCGCCCCCGCCCCCGAGGUACAGCUGCGCGCGGAGCGAGCGGACCGGCGCGGAGAAGGAAACGGAAUCUUGGCAGUGCCUUCCUCAAGAAAUAGACUCUUCCCAAACCUCGGAUGCUUCUCAGAUGAGGAUUAACGUGAAACUGAAAGGAAACAAAGAGAUAAACGUUCCCUCUCUGGAGGAAGGUGUAUCGAUCCAAUCAGAAGAUCAAGUAAAGGAACCAAACAGAAAUCUUUUAUGUUCUCCAUUGCUAGUUGUACAGGAUAGCCUUGCUUCUCCUGAUUUGCCUUUGCUGACAUGUUUGACACAAGACCAGGAAUUUGGGCCUGAAUUCUUGUUUCACCAAAGUGAGCUAGAUUUUGCACCUCUGAGAGGAAUUCCUGAUAAGUCCGAAGACCCAGAAUGGUUUUCUCGACCAUCGGAAGUUAGUGAAGCUUUAUUCCAGGCUACCUUAGAAGUACCUUCAGACUUCACUAGCAGUUGCUUUAGUAUAUCCCAGCACUCAAUUACAGAGGGCCUGCAGGGGAAGGCUGACUCUGAUGUCAUUACGGUGGACGAUGAUACUGAGUGCUGUAGCCUAGAUGAAAAAGCUGUUGUAUGCAGUGAAAGAGUUGCUGAGCUACGAAGAGAGACAUAUGGUCAACAGGAUGUGACUGGUGAGUGUGCAGACCUAACAGCUUUAGAAGAUUUGCUUGAUGAACUUUGUGACAGUUCCCAGCACUGGCAACUCGUUGUACAACAACCAUGUGAGGAGGAGAGCAAUUUUAAAAAGCCUGUAGGUCAUUCAGAUCUGGGCAUUAAUCAGUCUGUUUCAUCUGUAUCGCCUGGAUUUAUUCCUUAUGAGCCAACCAGAGCAUUAGAACAUCGUCCUUCAAAUCUUAGAAUGUUGAGGUUUUCGCCUGACACUGUGCUAAAGAGUCUCAACCAUUUACCAGGAGGCACCUCUAAAGAAGACAUAGUUGAGAUUAUUCAACCCAAGUUGCAGUCAGGCAUUACCACUUCUGGAGAUUCAGAUAUUGGAUCCCAUUUAUCCUUAUCCUCUGAGGGUUUGCCUCAGUUGGCUGUAAAUUCUCAAAAAAAUACUACUGGUCAGCUUGUUGAUACUCUAAAUCAAAAGGCCUGGCCAGACAGUCAUCAAACUGCAGCAAGUCUGAAAGUCUCACAUAUUACUGAACCACCUGACCAGAAGACUGGGUUACCAACAGAACCUUCUACUUCCUACCCACAUGAUGAGAAGCCCAAUGUUUUGUACCAAGAGAGCUUGCCAGGUGGCCAUCUAACAGAUCAGUCACUGACUGUUUCAGCUGUCCUUAGACCAGCUGAUCAGAAGACUGAGACAACAACAGUCCCCUCUUCUUACUCAAAUAAAGAAAAACCCAGUAUUUUCUAUCAGCAGGAAUUGCCAGGUAGUUAUCAAACUGAAGAGGGUGUAAAAGUUUCAGCUAUUCCUGGAGCACUAGACCAAAAGACCGGGAUAUCAACUAUAAGAACUACUCCCUCCUCACAUAGAGAGGAAUCUGGUAUUUUCUACCAAGAAGAGUUGCCAGAGAGUCAUUUAACUGAAGAGACUCUAAAACUUUCAGGUGUUCUUGGGCCACCUGACCAGAAGAGUAGGACACCACAUAUAACCUCUGCUUCUUAUUUACAAAGAAAGAAGCCCAGUAGUUUAUACCAAGAGGGCUUGCCAGAUGGUCAUCCAUCUGAACAGUCGCUGAAAGUUUCGGCUAUCCCUGGAUCAGCGAACCAGAAGACUGGUAUACAGAAUAUAACCUCUCCCUCCUAUUCACAAAAAGAUAAGCCUGAUCUUUUCUACCAGCAGGCUUUGCCAGACAAUCAGCUAACUGAGGAAACUCUGAAAGUUUCAGUGGCUCCCAAGCCAGCUGAACAAAAGAGUAGAAUAACUACAGUAUCCCCUACUUCCUACUCACCUGGAAAAAAGUCCUAUGCUUUGAAUCUGCAGGCCUUGCCGGAAAGUCAUUUAACUGAUAAGAAUCUGAAAGUUCUAGCUAUUCCUGGUAUUGACCAGAAGGCACGGACAGUAACUGUCCCCUCUACUUCCAAUUUACUUAGAGAGAAUAGCAGUUUUUACCAGCAAGAGUUGCCGCAAAGUCAUCUAACUGAAGAGACUCUAAAAACUUCCACUGCUCGUGGACCUGAUGACCUGAAGACCAAGAUACUAACAACACAUUCUGAUUUUUACUCACAGAGAGAGAAACCUGGUAUUUCCUACCAACAGACCUUGUCAGACAUUUAUACAACUAAAGAGCCUUUGAAAGCAUCAGCUUUUUAUGGAUUAGCUGACCAGAAAACUGGGAUACCAGCAGUAUCUUCUAUUUCUCGCUCACAUAGAGAAAAGCCCAGUGUUUUCUAUCAACAGGAGUUGCCAGAUAGUCAUACAAGAGAAAAGUCUCUGGAAGAGUCUUUUGUCCCAGGACCAGCUGAUCAGAAGACCAGGAUACCGUCAGUAACCUCUGUUUCUUAUUCACAUAGAGAAAAGCCUGUUUCCUACCAGCAGGUCCCGUCAGAUAGUCAUCUUCCUGAAGAGACUCUCAAAAUUUCAACCAUUUCUGGACCAGCUGACCAGAUAUCUGGUAUACCAACUGUAACUUCUGCUUCCUAUUCAUAUAAAGAUAAACCCAGCAUUUUCUAUCAAUACAAGUUGCUAGACAGUAAUCUAGAAAAUGCUCUAAAAAUUUCAUCUGCCCCUGAGGUAGCCGAACAGAAGACUGGGACACCAACAGUAUCCUCUGCUUCCUACUCACAAAUUGAUAAGCCUGGUGUUUUCUAUAAGCAGGUCUUGCUAAAGAGUAAUCAAGUUCUCCUAGACCAGCCGACCAGAAGACUGGAACACCAAUAGGACCUUCAGGUUCAUACUCACUUGGUGAGAAACCCGUUAUUUUAUAUCAGCAGUCCUCACCAGGUGCUCCUCAACCUAAAGGGAUUUUAAAAGUUUUUGCUUCUCCUGGACCAGCUGACUUGAAGACUGAGAAAUCAGCAUUAUCUCCUGCUUUCUACUCACUUGGAGAAAAACCCAUUAUUUUCUACCAACAGACCCUGCCAGAUAGUGAACUAACUAAAGAAAGUGUGAAAAUUUCAGUUGUUCCUAAACCAACUGAUCAGAAGACUGGGAUCUCAUCUCCUGUAACCUCUUCUUCCUACUCAGAUAGAGAGAAGAAUAUUAUUUCUUACCAGCAGGAGUCGCCAGAUAGUCACCUACCUGAAAAGGCUGAGAAAGUUUCACUUGUUUCUGGACAAGUUUAUCAAAAGACUGCGAUACCAACAGUACCCUCUCCUCCUUAUUCAUACCCUAGUGUUUAUUAUGACGAAGUGUUUUCAGAUCUUAAUAAAGAAGGUUCGAAAGUUUUAGGUGUUGUUGGACCUGCUGAAAAGAAAACUGGAAUACAAAUAGUGUCUUCUACCCCUUAUUCAAAGAGAGAGAAGCCUGUUACUUCUUACCAGCAAGUGUCCUCAGGUCUUAAUGAAGAAGAUUUGAAAGUUUUAGGUGUUGCUGGACCUUCUGACCAGAAGAGUGAGGUAUACAUAGUGCCCUCUCCCACCUACUCACAGGGAGAGCAGUCCUUUAUUUCUUACCAGCCAUAUCAGGAGCAGCCAGAUCUUCCUAAAGUAGCUUCAAAAACAGUAGAGGUUUCUGGACCUGCUGGUCAGAAGCCCAGGAUACAAACAGUGUCCUCUGCUUCCUAUUUACGUGGAGAGAAGCCCAGUGAUUUUCAUCAGCAAGAGUCACCAAAUAUUACUGAAGAUGCUUUAGAUAUUUUUGUUCUUGCUGGACCAGAUGGCCAGAUGUUUAGGAUACCAACAACAUCUUUAAGUUUCUACUCAGAUAAAGAAAAGCCCAGUGUUUCCUCUCUGCAAGAGUUGCCAGACAGCUAUCUCACUGAAGAAGCUGUGAAAAUUUCAGCAGAGCAGAAGGCUGGGAAGCUAGGAGCACCUUCUGGCUCCUCCUUCCAUCGAGUGAAGCCCAGUGAAAUUUAUCAGCAGGCCUCGCCUGGUAGUGAUCUAACUGAAGAGUCCCUGAAGACUUCAGCUGUUCCCAGAGUAACUGACCAGAUAAAUAAGAAACGUACGUUACCGCCUAGUUUCUACUCACAUGAAGAAAAACCCAAGAUUUCAACUGUAAAUAUACCAGACAACCAGAAGACUGAGUCACCAAUAACUACCCACAGUUCCUACUUACAGAAAGAGAAGCCCAGGAUUGCAACUGUGAUUAGCUUAAAUGACCAGACAACUCCAUCACUGACAGUUUUUCAUGGUUUGUAUUCUCAGAGAGUAAAAUCUCAACAGCAGUUGCCAGAUAGAGAUCCAAGUGGAGAUACUCUAAGUAUCUCAACUGUCCCUGAACCAACUUAUAUAAAUACUGGGAUACCAGUACCUCUCUCUAGUUCUUCCUUACACAGAGAGAAAUCUAAUACCUUCUAUCCCCAGGAAUUGCCAGACAGAUACCUAACUGAAGAUGCACUGAAAGUUUCAACAAUCCCUGAGCCAACUGAUCAGAAAAUGGUAUUGCCAGCAUCUCCUCCUAUUGCUUUUUCACACAGUGAAAAACAAAAUAUUUUCUAUCAGAAGGAUGUACCAGGUACACAUCUAACUGAAGAUGCUCUGAAGGUCUCAGCUGGCCUUAGGCAAGCUGAUCAAAUUACAGAGUUACCAAUAGUUUCUCCUGGUAAUUAUUUACCUGAUGAGAAGCACAAACUUGUUUCAGAACAUGUCCAAAGGUUAACACAUAAUUUGAAUUCCUCUGACUCCAGUGUUAGGCCAAACAAUAUGCCUUUAAAUUCUCAAAUUAAUGAUGGAGUUGUAACUCAGCCAGUAUCUUCAGGUUUUGGAGAUACUAGUUUUGAGGAAAUCCAGGGUACAGAAAAUACAAGUUCCAAAACGCUUAAAGAAAUUCAGACACUUUUAAUGGAGGCAGAAAAUAUAGCACUGAAACGUUGCAACUUUUCUGCUCCCCUUAUUCCCUUUAGAGAUGUUAAUGAUAUUUCACUUAUACAAUCUAAGAAGGUGGUUUGCUUCAAGGAACCCCCUACAGUUGAUAUAUCUAAUAGUGAUAUGCUUCAGAGAGAGCCAUUCACAGAGGAAAACUCAAAUAGCAGGUACACACAGAAGGAUACUGACACACAGACAAGUUUGAAAUGCAAGAGAGGCAUUGAAAAUUGGGAGUUCAUUAGUUCAACUACAAUUAGAAAUCCUUUACAGGAAGCAGAAAGCAAAGCCAGAGUGGCAUUAGAUAAAACUCUUAGGCAAUAUGAAGUAGCCAAGUCCGUACUGAGGUCUGAACCUGAAGGUUAUAGUGGAACCAUUGGGAAUAAAAUUAUUAUUCCUAUGAUGACGAUCAUAAAAAGUGAAUCAAGUAGUGAUGCAAGUGAUGGGAAUGCUUCCUGCUCUUGGGACAGUAAUUUGCCAGAGUCUUUGGAAUCAGUUUCAGAUGUUCUUCUAAACUUCUUUCCAUAUGCUUCAUCCAAGGCAAGCUUAACAGAUAGCAGAGAGGAAGAGGGUGUGUCAGAGAGUGAGGAUGGUGGGUGUAGUGUAGAUUCACUAGGUGCACAUGUAAGAAACCUUCUGCAGUGUGAAUCCUCGUUGAAUCAUGCCAAGCAAAUACUUAAAAAUGCAGAGGAAGAGGAAUACCGGGUACGAAAACGAGCCUGGAAUCUGAAGUUUAAUUUAGCUGAUGACCGUGGAUACUCUAUAUCAGAAUUAAAUGAAGAUGACAGAAGGAAAGUAGAAGAGAUCAAGGCAAAGUUGUUUGGUCAUUGUAGAACACCUGACUUGUCUGAGGGUUUACAGAGUCCACGGGGAAUAGGAUGCACACCCGAACGUGUAUGUGGUCACAUUAUUAUUGAGAGCCAUGAAAAAGGAUGUUUCAGGACUCUGACUGCUGAACAGCCACAAUUGGACAGCCCCUCUUGUGUUUUUAGAUCUGCUGAACCCUCAGAAGUGAUCAGAGGACGACGGUGCCCAUCACCAUGGAGAGCCAGGCACAUCAGUUUUUCUAAAUCACUAGACCAGGACAACUCCCAUUUCAAAGUUUGGAAUUCCUUGCAGUUACAAAGUCAUUCCCAGUUUCAUAACAGCAUCAGCAAAGGUUUUCAAGUGCCAUCCUGUGAAAAACCGGACCACUGGCCGUCAGAAUUAGUAGAACCUGCUUGUGUGGAUUUUCAUUCUUCAACACAAAUACCUACCCCCGAGCCCAUGAGACAGUUUACUACCUCCAUCACAUUUUCAUCUCACCGACAUUCUAAAUGCAUUUCAGAUUCCUCUGUUUUUAAGGUUGGUGUUACUGAAAGUAGUCAAGGUACUGGAGCAUCUGUGGGGGUAUUUAAUUCUAGUGUCACUGAAGAACAAACUCCUCCUAGAGAUCUUAAACAGAAAACCUCUUCCCCUUCAUCACUUAAAACACUUAAUCACUCAGCAGAUAAAGAUGUGACUGUUGUACCAGAAGGUAAUAGGCAAAGUGAAAAGUCACCUGUUGAUUUUGAUCAUUCUCAUCAAGAAGAAAAACUCUUAGAAAGAUCAGAUUUUAAAGUCAGCCCUUCUAAGCCCCGUAGCAGUGCAAAUUGUAGCAAUUUCAAGGAAGUGCAGUUUUCUGAUAAUCAUACCCUCAUUAGCAUGAGCAGACCAAAUUCCACACUAGGAGUAAAAGAGAAGAGUGUAACUCCAGAUCUUCCUUCACUCAUUUUUCUUGAACAACGAGAGCUUUUUGAACAAAGCAAAGACCCACAUGCAGAUCACCAUGUGGGAAAACACCAUUCUCUCCCUUGUCCAAAUGUUCCUUCUUGCAUUUUUCUUGAACAACGAGAACUCUUUGAACAAAGCAAACCCCCACAUAUAGAUCAUGAGAUGAGAGAAAACCAUUCUUCCUUUCCCCAUUGUCAGGAUUAUAUAGCUUCAGAACUUCCUCCUUGCAUUUUUCUUGAACAGCAUCAAAGCAAAGCCCCAAGUGUAGAUGACCACGUGAAGAAAGACCAUUUUUUUAUCUCUCAAGGUCAGGAUUGUGUAGUAGGAAAGAACAAACAUUCACCUAAAUCACACAUUUCUAAUGUAAAUGUUGAAGCUAAUUUCAGUAAUGUGACUUCCCAGUUACCUUCUGAUCAUUAUACAUUAGCAACAUCUGCAUCUGCUCCACCUUCAAAUAGAAAAGCACUUUCCUGUGUUCGUAUCACUCUUUGUCCCAAGACUUCUUCCAAGUUGGAUAGUGGAACCUUAGAUAAAAGAUUAUAUUCAUUGGAUCCUGCUUCUAAAACAAAGAUGAAUAGUGAGUUUAACUGUGACCUACAAACUAUAUCUUCAAGAUCACUGGACCCAGCCUCCAAAUUACUGACCAGUAAAUCUGUAGCACAGAGUCAAGAAUCUUUAGGUUUCCUAGGACCUAAAUCUCCACUGGACCUCCAAGUUGUACAGUCUCCUCUUCCAGAUAGUAAUACUAUUGCUCAGGACUUGAACACUGUACCUUCUCAGAAUAGCCAGAUAACAACCUCAAGGGAAAUACAAGUGAACAUUUCAGAUUUGGAAGGAUAUUCCAAACCAGAAGGGACUCCGGUAUCUGCAGAUCGUUUACCAGAACAGAGUAAGACCCAAGUUUCUGCCUUCUCUGGAAAGUUAUCAUCUGAUGCAGUCACUCAGAUAACAACAGAAAGUCCAGAAAAGACCUUGCUUUCAUCAGAGAUUUUUAUUAAUGCUAAAGAUCAUGGACAUGAAAUUCUAGAGCCCACUACUCAAAAGCUACAAAAAGUCCCUGUCAGGUUUGCUUCAUCAUCUUCGGUACAACAGAUUACUUCGAAUCGUGGCACAGAUGCCCAGCCGGUACUAUUGCCAUAUAAGCCAUCUGGUAGUCCGAAGAUGUACUAUGUUCCACAACUAGGAACAGUUCCUCCAAUUCUGGAGUCCAAAUCAGAGAGCACCAUUGAGAGCUCACAUUCAGGAUCCAAUGAUGCUAUUGCUCCAGACUUUCCAGCCCAGGUGCUAGGUACAAGAGAUGAUGACCUCCAAUUCACUGUGAACAUUAAACAUAAGGAAGGGAUCUACAGUAAGAGAGCAGUAACUAAGGCAUCCUUGUCAGUGGGGCAAAAAGCCUUUCACAAAGAUAAUGCAGAAGCCUCAAUUCAAGUGUCCAUUACUGGGGAUAAGAACCUCUCAAUCAAAAAACAGAAAGAGGAUAUCUUCAGUCAAGGGGUAAAGACUAAGACUGCCUCGCCUGAAGAAAAAGAAUCCUUGCAAAAAGACACUGCAGGUUCCAGUGAUGCUGCUCCUGCGGAGCACUCAGCUCAAGUACAAGACACAAAGGUUGAAAACCUACCAGACACGAAAGCCACUAAACAGAAUGAGAUUGGUAUUAAGGGGACCAUUCAUAAAGAAGCCUGGACAGAGGAGAAAGAAUCCUUACACAUAGAUAUUUCAGAGUCUGAAUGUCAUUCAGAAUUUGAAAAUACUACUCAUUCUGUCUUCAGAUCAGCCAAGUUUUACUUUCAUCAUCCAGUGCACCUACCAAGUGAUCAAGAUACUUGCCAUGAAUCUUUGGGAAGGAAUGUUUUCAUGAGGCAAUCUUGGAAAGAUUUUUUCCAGCAUCAUUCAGACAAGCAUAAAGAACACCCGGGUCUUUCUCUCCCUUAUCAAAAUGUGGACAAGAAUAAGACAGAUUACACUAGAAUACAGAGCCUCAGCAUCAAUGUGAAUUUGGGAGACAAAGAAGUGAUACAUACUACUAAAAGUCAGGGCAGAGAUCAUCCAAAAAGUAAUGUACAGAUUAAUGAUUCACAAAAGGACCGUAAGAUCACCUCAGAGCUAACGACUCCGCACACUGUGGGUUUGAAUGAACUCUGGAACAAGUACCAGGAGCGACAGAAGCAACAGAAACCUCCUGGUGUCAGUGACAGGACAGAACUAUCCUUAGUGGAACGACUUGAUCGGUUGGCUAAACUUCUUCAGAAUCCCAUCACAAAUUCUCUCCAGGCCUCAGAAAGUAUGAGAGAUGAUAGCAGAGGGGAGCGAGACAUUAAGGAAUGGAGUGGUAAACAGCGUCAGCCAAAAAGCAAACUUCAGAAAAAGCAGUAUAAAAGCCCAGAGAAAGGGCAUAGAAACAUAAGUGAUCGUAAAAAACACAAGGUACUUUCUGCUUACCAAACUGGGAGCCCCAACCAGAUUAAAAUUGAACAGAUUAAAUUUGAUAAAUAUAUUCUGAAAAGACAGCCAUGCUUUAAUUCUGUCAGCAACACAUCUUCAGAUUCUAGGCCCUCAGAGGAAAGUGGGUUGCUCACAGAUACUCCUACCAACAUUCUUUCUACCACACCUUCUGUGGACUCAGAUAUGUUGACCCAAACAGAUAGAGAGGUGACUUUGCAUGAAAGGAGUAGCUCUAUUUCCACCAUUGACACUGCCCGACUGAUCCAAGCUUUUGGCCAUGAACGAGUAUGUUUGUCACCCAGACAAGUUAAAUUAUAUAGUAGCAUCACCAACCAACGGCGGAGAUACCUUGAGAAGCGGUGCAAGCACAACAAGAAAGCAUUCAAUACAGGUCAUCCCCAAAUGACUUCUGAGCACACCAGAAGGAGACACAUCCAGGUGGCACAUCAUAUUUCUUCUGACUCUAUGUCAUCUGCCAGUAGCUUUUUGAGUUUAAACUCUACACUUUGCAAUGAAAAAAAUGGGCCCAUGUUAAAUAAGGGCGUGCAGGCAGGUAAUUUGGAGAUUGUGACUGGUGCCAAAAAGCACACUCGUGAUGUUGGAGUGACUUUCCCAACUCCUAGUUCCAGCGAGGCUAGAUUAGAAGAGGACAGCGAUGUAACUUGGUCAGAAGAAAAACCUGAAGAGAAAAAGCUGUUUACCGAUUAUCGUGGGGACAAAAAGUUAAGGAAGAACAAACCAAUUUCCUAUGAAGGAGUUUCUUGGUUUGUUCCUGUGGAAAAUGUGAAAUCUGGAUCUAAGAAGGAAAACUUGCCCAAGAAUUAUGGCCCGGGCAUCUCCUGGUUUGAACCAGUAACCAGAACUAAACCCUGGAGGGAGCCACUACGGGAAAAGAACUGGCAGGGACAGCGCAUGGGUGGUCAGGGACCAGUGGCUGACCAAGGUGGAGAGGAUGGCCAGGGCCCACCGAGGCCAUUUGUGAAAGCAACCCUACAGGAAUCACUUCAACUUCACAGACCUGACUUUAUCUCUAGCUCUGGGGAGCGGAUAAAGCGCCUGAAGUUAAUAGUCCAGGAGAGGAAGCUGCAGAACAUGUUACAGAGUGAACGGGAUGUGCUGUUCAACACUGUGCAUCCCCUGCCCAGGAGAGUCUACCUUGCUGCCCAGAAGAAGAAGCCUAUUGGAAAGAAGGAGAUGAUUCAGAGGUCUAAACGGAUUUAUGAACAGCUUCCAGAAGUACGGAAAAAAAGAGAAGAGGAGAAAAGAAGAUCAGAAUACAAGUCCUACCGGCUGCGCGCUCAGCUGUAUAAAACGAAAGUGACCAAUCAACUCCUGGGGAGAAAAGUGCCCUGGGACUGACACAAAAUUAUUUUCCUCAGAGCCUUGGAAUUAUAUUUUUUGAACCUGGAAGAACGCAGUCCUUAUUUUUAUGCAUCUGGUUUAAUAAAGCUUACUCUUUGUCCUUGUGUA